AUGGAAAUUUUGCGUUCAAAUUUCCUGGGAUCCCUGGCCACUAUUUCUGAAGCGAUUGAUUCAGCUUCGUUUCUUGCUAUUGACGCUGAAUUUUCAGGUCUGAAUGUGAAGUGGGGUGUUGAAAACUCGUUGGAUACUCCGCAAGAACGCUAUUCGAAGCUCAAACAAGGAUGUAAAGAUUUCAUCAUCAUUCAAUUCGGAUUGUGCACCUUUGCCUGGGAUAAGAAAAAGGAAUGCUACACUGCAAAACCUUUUAACUUUUAUAUUUUCCCAAAGGUCUGGAAUCGACAGUGCCCCGAUGUUCGAUUUUUGUGUCAAAGUUCAAGCAUUGAUUUUCUAACAGAGCAUAACUUUGACUUCAACAAGCUUUUCCGUGAGGGGAUCUCCUAUUUGCGGCCCUAUGAUGAGUCGAAAUUGAGGGAACAUUUCCUCGCGAGAAACGCACAAGAUUCUUUCACUUCUGCCUCACUGACUUCUCCCGAUACCACAACUGAAACAAGUGGGGGGUCCUCCCACAAGACCCCCAGGGCAGUUCCCCCGGAACAUAGGGACUUUGUUGAAAAAGCAUGCAAUAGUAUAGAAGAGAUGUUGAAAGAUCCGGAGGGGACAGUCACUAAGCUUCCUCCUUGCAAUGGCUACUUAAGAAAGCUGAUCUACCAAAGUGUUAAACAGAGGUUCAAAGCUGGUAUCCAUAUGGAAUCCGCAACCAAUGAGAAGAAGGAACGCUUUAUUGUCGUCACCAAGGUAAAUGAGGAUCAGAAAAGAAAACUUGAAGAAGACAAACAAGCUAAAGAACAAGAUCUUAUUGAAAAUGCUGUUGGAUUUUCACAAGUUGUGAAAAUGAUUUCGCAGUCUGGCAAAGUGAUUGUUGGACACAACAUGUUUCUUGAUCUACUUCAUGUAAUUGAUCAGUUUCUGUGUCCACUUCCAGAACUUUUGGAAGACUUCAAGGCUACAGUCAGUGCGGUGUUUCCACGACUUGUCGACACAAAAGUCAUGGCCAACACACAGCCCUUCAGGGAUCUCAUUCCAUCAUCAGUUUUGGCAGAUCUUGUCAAGCAUGUUUCCAAGAAACCCUUCCAGAAGCCGGCGGUGCUAUUUGACCCAGAUUGUGCAUGGGAUGGUGAAAGUAAUGAGAAACCCCAUGAAGCAGGCUAUGAUGCAUUCAUCACUGGAAUGUCAUUUAUUUCCAUGGCAAACUACCUUGGUUCCUUUCAAGAGCCUCCCAAGGUCUACAUCCCAUCAGACUCCUCCCUGAUUGUCCCAUUCAUAAACAAGAUUUUUGUCAUGAGAAUGGAGGACAUCCCAUAUGUUAACCUGGCUGGGCCUGAUCUGAAUCCUUCACGUGAUCAUGUGUUCUAUCUGACAUUCCCAAGUGAUUGGAAGCAAUCAGAUAUUCUGGACUUAUUCAACAACUUUGGAUUUGUGUACAUCUCUUGGAUUAACAGCACAUCUGCUUUCAUCUCAUUGGCUCGCAGAGAACAUGCCAGUAACGUGUUACAAGCAUUAGAUUGUGAGGGAGAAUGCUACACUAUAGUUUCAUAUGCUGAGCACAAGCGUCAACUAUAUGGUGUAUAUGAUGAUGAUGAUGAGCUUGAACGACUCAGAACACCCCUGAAGAGGCCAAGGUUCAUGGAAGAGGCUGGAUGGAAAACUUCAUCACCUAAAGAGAUCCAGGCAAGCAAGAAAGACAAUAGUGUUAUCAGUGAACCUGAAGAUGGUGAGAUUGUUGAUGAUGAAGAAUCAUUGGAGCCUGUCAGAAAGAAACAAAAGAAAGAAAGUAAAGUAUUUGAGGAGCCUGAUGAUUGGUAA